AUGUAAAAACAAUCAAUAGAUAUAGACGAUAUUAUAGAAAAAUUAAUAGAAUCAAAACCAUCUUCAAAGAUAAGAAGUUCUGCAUUAUCUGAAGCUGAGAUUAAAGCUUUAUGCUUAAAAUCACGAGAAAUAUUUUUAUCUUAACCAAUGUUGUUAGAGUUAGAGGCACCAAUAAAAAUUUGUGGUAAAAAUAAUAUAAAUAUAAAAUAUUUACCUUUAAGAAAAUUAAUAAAAGGUGAUAUACAUGGAUAAUAUCCUGAUUUAUUAAGAAUGUUUGAAUAUGGAGGAUUUCCGCCUGAAGCAAAUUAUUUGUUUUUAGGAGAUUACGUAGACAGAGGAAAAUAAUCAUUAGAGACAAUUUGUUUAUUGCUAGCGUAUAAAAUUAAAUUUCCCGAAAAUUUUUUUCUUUUACGAGGAAACCAUGAAUGUUCUUCAAUAAAUAGAAUAUAUGGAUUUUAUGAUGAAUGUAAAAGAAGAUAUAAUGUAAAAUUAUGGAAAGUAUUUACUGAUUGUUUUAAUUGCUUACCUAUAUGCGCUAUAGUAGACGAAAAAAUUAUAUGUAUGCAUGGAGGGUUAUCUCCAGAACUGAAUAAUUUAGAAACUAUUCAUAGAAUUAUGCGACCAAUAGAAAUUCCAGAUACAGGACUUUUAUGCGAUUUAUUAUGGAGUGAUCCAGAAAAAGACAUUUUAGGUUGGGCAGACAAUGAAAGAGGUGUAAGUUAUAUUUACGGACCAGAUGUAGUUUCCAGUUUUUUAAAAAAAUUCGAUUUAGAUUUGAUUUGUAGAGCCCAUUAGGUUGUAGAAGAUGGAUAUGAAUUCUUUGCAAAAAGACAACUUGUUACAGUUUUUUCAGCCCCAAAUUAUUGCGGAGAAUUCGAUAAUUGCGGAGCUCUUAUGAGCGUUGAUGAAAGUUUAAUGUGUAGCUUUUAAAUAUUAAAACCAGGAGAUAAAAAGUCGAGUAAUUAGAGACCGAAAACUCCUAAAUUUGUUAAUUGA